UGUCAUCGUUUCCUUACCCCUCUACUUCGCGCUCUCUUCGCAGUCCUUCUUACCGAAUUGUGAUAAACAGUAUUCGGGAUACGUGAUUCAUUGGGAUUUUCAACAAGCAAAAAUGGGGCGACGACCUGCUAGGUGUUAUCGUUACUGCAAAAACAAACCGUACCCCAAGUCACGGUUUUGUCGUGGUGUGCCAGAUCCGAAAAUUAGGAUUUUCGAUUUGGGAAAGAAGAAAGCUAGGGUCGAUGAUUUUCCCUUGUGUGUACAUCUUGUUUCAGAUGAAUAUGAACAGUUGUCGUCUGAAGCUCUGGAAGCUGGACGUAUUUGCGCCAAUAAAUAUAUGGUUAAACACUGUGGUAAAGAUCAAUUCCAUAUUCGAAUGAGACUUCAUCCCUUCCACGUCAUUCGCAUCAAUAAGAUGUUGUCGUGCGCUGGAGCUGAUAGGCUUCAAACUGGAAUGAGAGGUGCAUUCGGUAAACCUCAAGGUACUGUUGCUCGAGUGCACAUUGGACAACCAAUCAUGAGUGUUAGGUCUUCGGACAGAUACAAGGCGGCUGUUAUUGAAGCAUUGCGUCGUGCUAAAUUCAAGUUCCCUGGACGUCAAAAGAUCUAUGUUAGCAAGAAAUGGGGUUUUACAAAGUAUGAUCGUGAAGAAUACGAAACAUUGAAGGAAGAUGGACGAUUGGCGCCCGAUGGUGCUAAUGUUAAGUUCCGCCCUGAUCAUGGACCCUUGGACAACUGGAGGAAGGUCCAAAGAGAACUACUUGCUGUUUAAUGCUAUUGUAUUUCUUGCAAUGGAUUUAAUUAAAAAUAUUUUUUUUGUGAAA